AUGCAGACUAAACAUUUCUUCUCGGACCCAACUCACCUGGUCAAUUCGGCCCUUCACUCACUCACUCUGACCAACCCUUCCCUUGCCUUCGAUAAGCAAAACAAAAUAGUAUACCGUCGACCAUGCAAGGAUACCGAGUCCAGGGUGUCCAUCAUAUCUGGUGGUGGUUCCGGACAUGAGCCUGCCUUUGCCGGCUUUGUGGGCAAGGGGAUGUUAACGGCAUCUGUGGCAGGCACCAUCUUUGCCUCUCCAUCCGCCGAGCAGGUCAGGAGGGCAUUGCUGCAACGAGUCAAUGGCUCCAAGGGUGUCCUUAUCAUUGUCAUGAACUAUACAGGUGACGUGAUGAAUUUUGGACUUGCUGCUGAAAAGGGCAAUGCGGCAGGAAUCAAGACAGAGUUCUUCGCUAUCAGUGAUGAUGCCGGCGUCGGACGUGAGAAGGGCGGAAAGGUUGGCCGGAGAGGAAUUGGUGGUGGUGUCAUGAUCUUGAAGAUUGUUGGAGCUCUCGCUGAAACUGGUGCAUCAUUGGAAGAGGUUUAUGCCACGGCUCAGCUUGCCAAUAGCAACAUUGUCUCUGUUGGCUCUUCCCUGGAACACGUCCAUGUUCCAGGUAGAGAUAUUCCAGACCCGAAUUCUGAUGACCUGGUACCCCACGGUGAGAUCGAGGUUGGGAUGGGUAUUCAUAAUGAGCCUGGCUCCCAUCGUAUGAAGGGAACUGCCGAAGAAAUGAUACAGACCAUGCUCAAGCAGAUGCUCGACCAAAAUGACAAGGAGCGGGCCUUCCUCAAAUACAGCUCCUCGGACCGUUUUGCCCUUCUCAUCAACAACCUAGGAGGUAUAAGCACUCUAGAACUGUCUGCCCUUACCGCCGAGGUAGUCCUACAGUUAGAAAGGGAUUACAAGAUCAAGCCCAUCAGGACAAUCCAGGGCACGUUCUUAACCAGUCUUAACGGGAUGGGCUUUAGCAUUUCCGUACUCCGCCUUGCAGACACUGGGUUAGGAGCAGGAAAAUCACUCCUCGAGCUACUAGAUGCUCCCUCAGAGGCAGUCGGCUGGGCUGCUCCGAUCCGGACUUCCACUUGGGACAACCAGACAGCCGCCUCCUUCGAGACAGCUAGCAGCCCUCGUACCGUCGAACAGCCCUCAAACCUCAAUGUUGAUCCUGCCGUUCUCAAAAAGGCCCUUUCCUCGGGACUUGACCGAGUCAUCAAAGCCGAACCCCUCGUCACCCGAUACGACACCAUAGUCGGUGACGGUGACUGUGGAAUUGGGCUCCAGCGCGGCGCAGAAGCCAUACUCAAAGAAAUCAACGAUACUUCCACACCCCUCAAUUCUGACGUCCUAACCACCCUCCACCGCAUUAUAGACGUUGUCGAAAACACCAUGGACGGCACCAGCGGCGCCAUCUACGCAAUUUUCCUUAACGCUCUCGCUCAUGGUCUCCGUGCACAAGACACAUCCACCCCGGCAAACGUAACGUCCAAGAUAUGGGCCAAUGCACUCCAACACUCCCUCAAAGCCUUGGCCAAGUACACACCUGCUCAACCUGGCGACCGAACGCUUAUGGAUGCAUUGUCGCCUUUUAUUAAAACCUUGGUUGAAACAGAGGAUAUUCGGAAGGCAGCUGAGGCAGCGAGCCAAGGCACUGAAGCUACCAAGAAGAUGAAAGCCAGCCUUGGAAGGGCUGUGUAUGUUGGUGGUGAGGACGAGUGGGUUGGCAAGGUGCCGGACCCUGGCGCGUAUGGCCUCAACGAGUUCCUAAAUGGUGUAGCUGAGGGUAUGUGA